AUGUUCGACGGGCUCAUCACCUUCUCCAUCAGUACUUCAGCCGAUCCCCCCGUCACCCUCAAAGGUCUUCAAACGUCGCCGGAAUCAGCCCUUCCCCCACUCCUCCUCCUCCAUGGUUUCCCGCAAACCCGUCACAUAUGGCACCGCAUCGCCCCUCAGCUCACCACCACAUACAACCUCAUCAUCCCUGACCUUCGCGGCUAUGGCGAAUCGUCCAAACCGUCCUCCAUAGCGGCCUACGCCAAGUCCGCCAUGGCAAAGGACAUGAUAGCCCUCAUGAACCAACUCAACCACCAGACAUUCUUCGUGUGCGCACACGAUCGCGGCGCCAGGGUCGCCCACAAGCUACUCGUCGAUUAUCCUAGCCACGUACGCAGAGCUAUCCUCCUCGACAUUUGCCCCACGCUCUCCAUGUACGAAGCCACCACUCAAUAUUUCGCGACUGCGUAUUUCCACUGGUUCUUCUUGAUCCAGCCCGCGCCGCUACCGGAGGCGCUGAUAUCCGCUACACCGCGCAGGUUUGCAGAGCUGUACAUGGGUGGUAGGAAUGGGAGCCGACCGGACAUCUUUGACGAGGCGUGCUAUGAGGAGUACGUGAAGCUGUUCGAGGAUGAGGACACGGUGCAUGCCAUGUGCAAUGACUAUAGGGCUGCUGCGACAUUGGACUUGGAUGAGCAGAAGGCGGAUUUAAAAGAGGGAAGGUUGAUCAAGUCUCCCGUGAGGAUAAUUUGGGCGAAAAGGGGCAUUGUAGGGAAAUGCUUUGAUGCGACGGCGGAGUGGCGCAAGGUUGCGGAUGAGGGAGUCGUGGUGGAGGGCUAUGGUGUCGAUAGCGGGCACUACAUCCCAGAGGAGGCGCCUUACGAAGUGGCCAAGGCGAUCCGGGAGUUUUUCGUCUAG